UCGCGGUGGGGGCUGUGAUGUGUCGGUGCUUUAACGGAGCGGGCAGCGGGCGGCAGUGCGGCCCAGCACCACUUCUCCCCUCUCUGCCUCUGGGACCAACUGAUGCUGAAGUAGAGUUCCACAAGUACCACUGGCACAGAUUUUAGCAGGUUAAAAUGGCCAAAGAUCAGUUUUACCGAAGAGGUAGUUUUAAUAGCUACCAGAGCAACACAAGUGAUGAAGAUAUGGUGGAGAUUGCAGGAGCAUCUUUGGACUUUUCUUUUGCAGAAGAUGUUCCUCCUUUAGACAGGGAGCCACAAGGAGCUCAUUUAUCUCUUUCAGCCAAAGCAACAGUAUUCGGGCACUCAGCGGUCAUCCAAUACUGUCACAGCAGUUUUCCACCUCCAAUGCUUCAGCCACUAGGGAAACACCUUGAAGAUGCACUAGAUUACAAGAGAGCACUGUAUACAAACUACAACGGAGCAGGGAUGAAUGGUGCAAGCAAGAUAAUGGAUUUUCUUGAUGAACCAAUUCCUGGCUUGGGAACAUAUGAAGAUUUCAACACGAUAGACUGGGUCCGUGAGAAAUCCAGGGACAGAGACAGACACAGAGAGAUCACAAGCAAAAGUAAAGAAUCAUUGUGGGCGCUCAUUAAAGGUUUGAGUGAUGCCUUCUCCGGGUGGCUGGUGAUGCUACUGGUUGGGCUCAUGGCAGGUGCCAUUGCUGGUUUAAUUGAUAUGGCUUCUCACUGGAUGACCGAUCUGAAGGAAGGAGUCUGUUUAGUGGGGUUCUGGUACAACCAUGAACAUUGUUGUUGGACAUCCAGUGAAACUACUUUUGAACAGCGAGAUAAAUGCCCACAAUGGAAGUCUUGGUCAGAGCUGUUUCUCGAUCAGUCUGAAGGAGCUGGUGCAUACAUAUUGAAUUAUUUCAUAUAUGUUAGCUGGGCCCUGGCUUUUGCUUUCCUGGCUGUGUCUUUGGUGCGAGUAUUUGCACCUUAUGCCUGUGGAUCUGGAAUUCCAGAGAUUAAAACCAUAUUAAGUGGUUUUAUCAUUAGGGGCUACCUAGGAAAGUGGACCUUGAUCAUUAAGAUCGUCACCCUGGUUUUAGCUGUGUCUUCGGGCCUCAGCCUUGGAAAAGAAGGCCCUCUGGUACAUGUGGCCUGCUGCUGUGGCAAUAUUGUUUGUCAUCUGUGUACGAAAUACAGAAAAAAUGAAGCCAAAAGGAGAGAGGUACUAUCCGCAGCUGCAGCAGCAGGUGUCUCUGUAGCUUUUGGUGCCCCCAUUGGAGGAGUUUUAUUUAGUCUCGAAGAGGUCAGCUAUUACUUCCCUUUAAAGACUUUAUGGAGGUCAUUUUUUGCUGCAUUGGUUGCAGCGUUCACACUCCGGUCUAUUAAUCCAUUUGGGAAUAGCCGCCUUGUGCUAUUUUAUGUAGAAUUUCACAGCCCCUGGCAUUUAUUGGAAUUAGUCCCUUUCGUCCUUUUGGGAAUCUUUGGAGGAUUAUGGGGAGCAUUUUUUAUUCGUGCCAACAUUGCCUGGUGCAGAAGACGCAAGACCACUAAGUUAGGGAAGUACCCGGUUCUUGAGGUCCUUGUUGUGACAGCCAUCACGGGUAUUAUAGCUUUCCCUAAUGACUACACUAAGAUGAGUACCAGUGGGCUCAUUUCAGAGUUAUUCAAUGAUUGUGGACUUUUGGACUCAUCACAACUCUGUGAUUACAUUAAUGAUGUCAACAGCACCAAGACGAUUGAUGACUUGCCAGAUCGUGCGGCAGGAAAAGGUGUUUACACAGCAAUUUGGCAGCUGGCCCUAGCACUAGUGUUUAAAAUUUUCAUCACGAUAUUCACAUUUGGUAUGAAGGUUCCCUCAGGGCUCUUCAUACCAAGCAUGGCUGUGGGUGCUAUUGCUGGAAGACUUCUAGGAGUGGGAAUGGAACAGCUGGCUUACUAUCACAAUGACUGGAUCAUCUUUAGAGGUUGGUGUAGUCCUGGAGCUGACUGCAUCACUCCUGGAUUGUAUGCCAUGGUUGGUGCUGCUGCAUGCCUAGGUGGUGUGACCAGGAUGACUGUGUCAUUAGUGGUUAUCAUGUUUGAACUAACGGGUGGGCUGGAGUAUAUUGUGCCAUUAAUGGCUGCUGCAAUGACCAGUAAAUGGGUGUCUGAUGCAAUUGGACGAGAGGGCAUCUAUGAGGCACAUAUUCGAUUAAAUGGCUACCCAUUCCUGGAGGCAAAGGAGGAAUUUACACACAGGACUUUAGCAAUGGAUGUAAUGAGACCUCGACGCAAUGACCCUCCUCUGACCAGCCUUACUCAGGAUGGUAUGAAGGUAGAAGAUGUGGAGACAAUCAUUAAUGAAACAACGUACAGUGGAUUUCCUGUGAUAGUGUCAAAAGAAUCCCAGCGACUUGUAGGCUUCAUCCUCAGAAGAGACCUAAUAAUUUCAAUUGAAAACGGAAGGAAGCGACAAGAUGGGAUUGUCAGCACUUCUUUAAUUUAUUUCACUGAACACUCUCCUGUGCAGCCUCCAAACAGCCCUGCGGCACUCAAACUGCGCUCCGUCCUAGAUUUGAGUCCCUUCACAGUAACAGAUCACACACCCAUGGAAAUAGUGGUGGACAUAUUCCGCAAACUGGGCUUAAGACAAUGUCUUGUUACUCACAAUGGGCGGCUCCUUGGUAUUAUUACCAAAAAAGAUAUAUUGAAACAUAUUGCUCAGAUGGCCAACCAAGACCCUGACUCCAUUAUGUUUAACUAAAAUAAAGUUUUAUAAUAUUAAUGGAGAUUCCAGAGAGGACAGUUUUAUUUCUGGUAAUGUGCUCUGGCUGGUGUCGGCAUUGUACCUUAAGUUCUUUCUGAAGAUCAAGAAUGCUGUACCUCAUGUUCAGUGAGUGUCCAACUUUCAAUUGCACUACACGAUCUACGGAAAUUUUUUCUGAAGUUUAUGGAUAAGCACUGUGGAACAAUGUGGUGAUUGAAUGAAGAGUUGGUCAAAUUGUGUAUUUUCCUCUACAAUUUAUAUUAAAUUCACUGUAAUAAGGGUAACAUUGAAUACUGGGUGCAUUAAUUCUUUAGGGUUUACCGGCAGAUAACCUAGAUAAUUAAUUUUAUCUUUUGGACCUGUUUGAGAUACCCCACAUUGUCUGAUAUUGUAGUCAAGUAUGGGUUUGGGUAUUUUGGUAAUUGCUCCACUGAGUGAUUAAUACAAGCAAUGUUAUUGACCUAAAAAUUAUCAGUGUUUCCUCUGAAGAACAACCCAUUGUGUGAAUGCUUUUUAAAUUGUAUUUAUUUCCCCCAUUGAAAUACUUGACAUGUAUUGUCCUCCGAGUGAAGAAGGUUAACCAUACCAGCAGCUAUGUGAGGCCCCUUAUCAACCAUCUCUGUUGUAACUUGAUGUUUACAGGACUACCAAAUGAAAUAGUCAAAUUCUGCACACACAGAUAAAUUUGUUUGCAGGGCUUUGUGUAAAUAUGAGGUAAAUCAUUCAAAUCAAACUUUUUCAUUUAAAUAAAGAGUUCAGUAAAUUGUUUUAAGGGACUUUUUUUCUGUUUGUGAAAUAACUUCUAUUUCCCACUGCUGCUUCCAUGAUACUCUGAAUAUUACAGAGAAUAAAGCUUUUGGUGUGGUAUUGAAAGGCAGCACUUCCAUUUGCAAAGUAGCUCAUGUUAAGUGGAGUGGGGUAAUCAAACCUACAUCUUCCAGUCCAAAGUAGUGAUCUUGUACUAUAAAUGUGUGUUGAUUCUGGCUUAAUUUCAAUGAGACAGUGUGAUUGCUGUCCAUACCUAAGCCAUACUUCAUUGCUUAGCUGCUUGCUCCUGGUCAAUGUUAACUUUCAAUACAUCUGUUUCUCCAUAAUAAGGAUGUGGACAUUUAUGACACUGACAUCAUUCAAAAGUGAGUUGUUUAUGACUUCAGACAGCUACCAAAGAUGUCUCAUGGCAUUCCAACUGCACAAGGAAGUGUAGUUAAAAGCUCAAUGUUUGUUUUCUGCCCUGUUGUUCAUAUGGGGGCUAUUUCUAAGCACUUUAUCUUUUUGUUGUUGUUUGUAACACUGCAAGAUGAUGACUUCAGUGUAACAGCCCUGCUGUCACAAUCCCAUAGAUGAUAAAGAAGUUGGAGUAAUUCCAAUAAGUUUAAACUAAAAGUGUGUAUUCCCCAUAGAUUGCACUACCUGCUUCAUAAGCUUUCUGGAACUCAAUGCUGGCAACAAGUUUUCCCCUCCCCACCAGGAAACAACAGAGUAAAGAGUUGGGCAAGGCCUAUUUCCAUGGUUCUUACAAUGCUUUUCACGAAUGAGCCAACUGAAGACCUAUGCAAGACUCUUCCAUUUGCUCUCCUUUCCCACAACACCGUGGCUGAUAUGGAUCUCAGUGAAUUGGGGGGAAUUUUGUGUGUUGUCACUCGGAUGAGAUUGAUAGAUUACUAGAUAUUAAAGAUAUCAAGGGAUAUGGGAAUAGUGUGGGGAAAAUGGCAUUGAGGUAGAAGAUCAGCCGUGAUCUCGUUGAAUGGCAGAGCAGGCUCGAGGGGCCAGAUAGCCUGCCACUGCUCCUGUUUCCUAUGUUCCUAUGAUGUGGUGCAGAACUUUGGCAACUAUUCUUGUAUGUGUCAGAACAGUGUAAUUUCUUUUCACAUCUUAUCAGAAUUUAUGUGCUCCACUAAUAUUUUGUUGAAUCAGGUAAAAGUUGUUCAUUGUUCAGAAUGGUUACUUAAACCUUAAGUUGUAUUGCAGAAAGAAUGUCAACAUUUUCUUUUGGGAUUUAUUUCAAUUAUCUAGAUUUUGGGCAUAUUUCUUCCCUUUUGUGUUUAUUCAUAAAUCAAUAAUGCACAAUAAAUCAGGAUGGUUGAAGUAAAAACCACCACUUCCUCAUCACUAGAAUGCAUCUUCCAGCACUGAAAAUAGACCUGUGUAUGAUGCUGAGUUAACACCCAGCAUAUCUGCAGCUGAAAUUAAUCAGGAAUAAAAUGUCUCUUGUGAAUCUC